AUGAAUAAAUUAUCACUAGAAAUACUAAAAUAGUUUGAAUUUAAUCCCUGUUCUUUUAAUACAACAUCCAAAUAGUCUAAUAUAAUCUAAAAUGAAUAUUCUAUAUAGAAAAGAAGAAAGUCAAGGAGCUAAUUGCACACUUAUAUUAUGCAUCAAAAAACGAUUAAAUAGUAUUUGAGAAGAAAAAGUUGCUGCUGUAACGAAUGUGGAUAAUUGGGAACUUUUGAAUAUAAAUGUAUGAACAUAAAAGGACCUAAACCUUUUAGGAGAUCAAUAUUAACAAGAAGAGCUUCAAAUCAGCAAGUGUAUUUUUUUUGUUUUAAUUGAUAGAUAAUCUGCAUAGCCUAAAUCAUUUUAAAGGAAUAGAUAGUAACUUAAGAAAAUGAAAACAUAUGAUGAAAGUAAAUUAAAUUCACUUGCAGAAUCUAAUAAAAUUCCUUUAACUAUGAGAAUGAUCUAAGGAUCAAUGACAAAAUUACAUUCGUAUUUCCAUACACAAUAGCAAUAAUAAAUAAAAGUUUAUUAACUAAAUCAAUUUACUCCUAGUUGUUCCCCAAAACAUUUAAAAUCUCAAAAAAGUUUGCCAUAAAUAUAAUCAUAUUUGAGUUAUAGAAAACUUGAUUCAUAAUUAUUAAAACCAUUAAAAUUAAAUUAAUAACCAAAACAAAGAUCAUAAUUAUUAAUACUUCAAAGCACAAAAUAACACAAAACCUUAUAAACAGUAGUUCAAUUCUGA